GUAAAUUGAAAGAAACCACAAAUUUUGGUUUAGGGUAUUUGUCUGAUAGACAGAAAUGGCCGCAAGCGCAUUCCGGGCGACGGCGACGGCAACAAUGGUGGCGAAGGAGAUCUUCCGUCCAUCACUAGGUCUACUACUCCGUAUGUCUUUACACAAAAGGAUUCCAAAUAGUUUGUUCAUCUCCUCUUGCCGGAGAAUCAGCUAUUCCCCUAUCCGAUGCGCGGCGUCAAGCGAGGGCGAAGAAGGUGCGGCGGGGAAGAAGUCAUCGUCGCGGCUGUCACAAAUUCAGCAUCUAAUAAUGGAAGCCGAGUUAAGAGCUGCUUCUGCAAGCGGCGAACCCGCACCACCCAAAAUCACACUAGAUCAUGUUACUGUGAACUUUGCAAGAAGUGGAGGACCUGGCGGUCAGAAUGUAAACAAAGUGAACACAAAGGUGGACAUGAGGUUCAAUGUCAAAAACGCAUAUUGGUUGAGUGAAAGGAUUAGAGACAAGAUAAUCCAAUCUGAAAAGAACAGGAUCAAUAAAGAUGGAGAGCUUGUUGUCUCUUCGACAAAGACCCGAACACAAAAGGGUAACAUUGAAGAUGCAUUGGAGAAACUACAGGCAAUUAUUGAUGCGGCGUCCUAUGUUCCCCCUCCUCCUUCACAAGAGCAAAUUCAAAAAAUCGGCAAACUAGCUGCUGCGGGAGAGCGAAAAAGGCUGGAUAACAAGAAGGCUCAAUCACAAAAGAAGGCGUUUAGAAGAGGCCGAGACAGUUGGGACUGAAUUAAUCAAACUGCAUAUCAUCUUUUAGCAUAAUAAACCUCAUCAUCACUUUGAAAGGUAUGAAGGGUUUUAUGUUAAAUCUGACAAACUGUUCACGUUUUAAAAAUCAGAAAAUAUGUACAUAUAUCUGUUUUUGCCGGUAUUUUUCUUCUUUUUUAUACAUUGACCUGCGUUGUAUAAACUCUUACUUCCUAAUAAAUAAAUGUUCUCCAGAA